CUAAGCAACGUAAGACCUUCCGUCGAAGAUAUAUUGACGCGCAAACUCCGGAUAUCAAACCAAAAAACUAUUUUGUGCGAAACCUUACCCAACUGUUGUCAACAAUGUGGCUGUUUUUGUUUCUGACGCUGGUUAGCGUAUGUUGCAAGGCAGAAGUUUGUCCAUGCGAGAUCCAGGAACUCUGUCAACAAAUUCGCGAUGAGAAGGACUUUGAGGUGUUUGUGUUUGAUGUGGGCAAGAAAGCAUGGAAGUCAUAUGAUUGGGGAAAAGUGACAACUGUUGCUGCAUUUGGGAAAUAUGAUGCUGAACUCAUGUGCCACGCCCAUUCAAAAGGAGCACGGCUAGUCCUGAAAGGUGAUGUGUCUAUCCCUGAAAUGGUGGACCCUGCCAACAGGACAGCAUGGAUCACAAGCAAAGUGGACUUGGCAAAGAGGCAGUUUAUGGAUGGCAUCAACAUAGACAUUGAGCAAGAGGUGGCCGACUCCUCCCCAGAGUACUACACCUUGACAGCACUCGUCAAAGAGACCACUGAGGCCUUUCAUAGAGAGAUCCCAGGUUCCCAGGUGUCAUUUGAUGUUGCCUGGUCGCCCAAGUGUAUAGACGGGCGCUGCUACGACUAUGCCGCCAUUGCCGAGUCCUGCGACCUGCUAUUUGUGAUGUCAUAUGAUGAGCAGAGUCAAAUAUGGGGCGAUUGUGUUGCGAUGGCAAAUGCUCCAUUCAAUCAGACACAGUCAGCGUAUGACCAAUAUUUGGCGAUGAAGAUAGAUCCAAAGAAGCUUGUGAUGGGAGUACCAUGGUAUGGCUAUGAUUACCCUUGUCUCGACUUCUCCCAGGAAGGGGUGUGCUCCUUAGCCAAGGUUCCGUUCCGGGGUGCACCUUGUAGCGAUGCAGCUGGCCGUCAGAUCCCUUACAGCUUUAUGAUGAAACAGAUCAACGGCUCUCUGUCUGGCAGGCUGUGGGACGAAGUCCAGCUGGCUCCCUACUACAACUACAAGGACCAAAGGGGACAGAUCCAUCAGGUGUGGUAUGACGACCCAAAAAGCAUUGCCCUGAAGGUGGCAUAUGUACGAGAGCUGGGCCUGAAGGGCACGGGAAUGUGGUGCGGCAACCUCCUGGACUACAGCAACAACUCAGUUGCCCAGGAACAGAGUCGAGACAUGUGGAACGCCCUCAUGGGUUGCCAAGACGCUCAAUGCUGAGAAGACUGCCUUUCCAUUGGAUCCUCACAGCUAUUUGUUGCUAGUCAAUAGAUGCUUUUGUUCGAGGACAGAAGUGGGACAGAGGAACCGUAACGCGUAUUCCUCUUGAUCUCAGGGAUGCGUACUUGCACUUCUAUUUCAUAGUAGUUUUUUUUAUUGCAAUUGUAAAAACAUGAGCCACUUUAGAAUCAUGCCAACACAGAUGAUUGUCAAACACAGCAUUGUGCCACUGUCUGAAUCUUACAAAAUAAAUUUUGCUUUGCCGUAUAAGCACUUAAUAAAUACUGUGAUAUGCAUAUGCCAGUAGAUUAAAUAAAAAAAACAUUAACUCCCA